CAACACCAAGCUAAAAGUUUCUCACAAAACAAACUAUAAGACGAGAAAAAAUAAAAACAUAUGUUCUUCACAAAACUGAUUUCUUCUCCAAAAAUGGAUAGUGAAAUAUCAAAGAAAGUCACGGCUAUGUUUGAUCAUCACCGGCGGUUAAACCGGUCCGGAUCAUCACUGUUCACAGCGUUUGCUGCCUCGGUGAUAGCUCUGAUCGUUUUCACGGUGGUUAUCGUAUCUAACUUAUCGGUGAGAGACAUCUCGGAGGUGGUGAAGAUAGAGAUCAAGACGGUUGUUCCUUACUUGCCUCUGCGAUCAGAGAAAGAGCUAAGCGUUGGCAACAACAGUAACUACAGUAUCACAGUCAAGGAGAAUAACAAUCUCGAGAUUCUUAAAACUUUUGGAGGCAUAGGAGGCGCGUCGGAGAAGUUUCAGGAGAGAGCGACAGAGUUUCUGAGAGAUGAUGACUGCGAAGUCAGUUUCAUGAUGACGUGGAUCUCCCCUGCUGAGAUGUUCGGUAAGAGAGAGGUUCUGUCCGUGGAAAGCGUGUUUAAAUCUCAUCCUCGUGGCUGUUUGAUCAUUUUAUCAUCCACGAUGGAUUCUCCUCGAGGGUUUAGCGUCUUGAGACCGUUUCUCGAUCGCGGUUACAGAGUUACGGCGGUAACUCCUGAUCUGCCCUUUUUGCUCAAGGACACGGCGGGAGAAGCAUGGCUCGAGGAGAUUCGGACAGGGAAGAGAGAUCCCGGGAAGAUCUCUUUAGCUCAGAAUCUAUCGAACCUCGUGAGGCUCGCGUACUUGUACAAGUUCGGAGGUGUUUAUCUGGACACGGACGUGAUAGUGCUGAAAAGUUUUAAAAAUCUAAGGAACGUGAUCGGCGCGCAGACCCUCGAACCGGUUUCGAGAAACUGGACGAGGUUGAACAACGCGGUUUUGGUUUUCGACAAGAACCAUCCUCUCUUGAGGAAAUGUAUCGAAGAGUUUGCGUUGACUUUCAACGGGAACGUUUGGGGUCAUAACGGACCGUAUCUUGUUUCUAGAGUGGCUCGAGCUGUUGAAGGAACUGUUGGUUAUAACUUCACUGUCAUGACGCCUCCUGCGUUUUAUUCGGUUAAUUGGAUUGAGAUUGGGAAGCUCUUCAAGGUUCCGAGAACCGAGAAGGAUUCGAAGAGAGUUCAAGUUAAGGUUCUUGAGAUGCAGAGGAGAAGCUACGGGUUGCAUUUGUGGAAUAAGUUUAGUAGUAAGUUUGAAAUUGAGAAAGGUAGUGCUAUGGAUAAAAUUGUUUCGGAUCAUUGUGUGAUCUGUGAGAAUGUCUCUGUAUCAUAACACUUUGUAUGUUAAUUACCAUUGUAGAUUAGCUUGUAAAGUGUAGUUAACAAUGAAAGCCUUAGUAGUUUA